AUGGUGUCUCUUUCGUUGUUGCCAAGGAAGAGCAUACUUGGGUUCACGGUGAACUUCUUGAGUCGGUGCAAGAUCUUACCCAGAAGAAGCAAUGCGACUUCUCUCUCUCGAAAUCUCUUCGUUUGCGCCAGUUAUGAGCAAGAGAAUCUGUCACAGGGACAAUACGAAGAUGGUUUUUCGAAUCGUAAUGUGGUUCAAGCUUCGGAACUUAUGGAAAUCUUGCAGCUUUGUGCUAGAAACGGAGAUAUUACGGAAGCAAAAGCUUGCCAUGGGAGGAUUUUCCGUCUUGAUUUGCAGGGAGAUGUCACUCUCUCGAAUGUUCUCAUCAAUUCUUAUUCCAAAUGUGGUUUUGUGGAGCUUGCUCGCCAAGUGUUUGAUGGAAUGCAUGAGAGAAGCUUGGUGUCUUGGAACACGAUGAUUGGUUUGUAUACCCGGAGAAGAAGGGAGUCAGAAGCACUGGAUAUUUUCUCGGAGAUGCGAAACGAAAGUGUUAAGUUUAGCGAAUUCACGAUAUCGAGUGUUCUCUCUGCUUGUGGGGCAAAUUGCGAUGCCUUGGAAUGCAAGAAACUGCAUUGUCUGUCAACGAAGACCUCUCAUGACCUGAACUUGUAUGUUGGUACUGCCUUGCUUGAUCUUUACGCAAAGUGCGGGCUGAUCAAGGACGCAGUGCAGGUUUUCGAGUCUAUGCAGGACAAGAGCUCAGUUACAUGGAGCUCUAUGGUAGCAGGUUAUGUUCAGAACAAGAGCUAUGAAGAGGCUCUGCUUCUCUACCGUAUAGCUCAGAGAAUGAGUCUACAGCAGAAUCAGUUUACAUUAUCUUCAGUGAUCUGCGCUUGCUCAAAUCUUGCAGCUUUGAUAGAAGGGAAACAGAUGCAUGCUGUUAUGAGUAAGUCCGGGUUUGGCUCUAAUGUCUUUGUGGCAUCCUCUGUAAUUGAUAUGUAUGCUAAAUGUGGAAGCUUGAGAGAGUCUUAUGUAAUCUUCUCGGAAGUGGAAGAUAAGAGUAUUGAGCUUUGGAACACGAUCAUCUCGGGGUUUGCAAAGCAUGCUCGUCCCAGGGAAGUGAUGGUUCUAUUUGAGAAGAUGCAGCAAGAUGGGAUGCAACCAAAUGAGGUUACUUUUAGCUCCUUGUUAUCGGUUUGUGGUCACACGGGUUUGGUCGAGGAAGGAAGGAAAAUUUUCAGAUUCAUGAGAAGCAAGUACGGUUUGUCGCCAAAUGUGGUUCAUUACUCUUGUAUGGUUGAUGUUCUUGGUCGUGCUGGGCUGUUGCCAGAAGCGUAUGAGUUUAUAAAGUCUAUGCCUUUUGAUCCUACUGCUUCCAUUUGGUGCUCUCUUCUUGCUUCUUGUAGAGUCUACAAGAAUCUUGAGCUGGCAGAGGUUGCAGCCAAGAAGCUGUUCGAAUUGGAACCAGAAAACGCUGGUAAUCACGUCUUACUAUCCAAUAUAUACGCGGCUAACAAACAGUGGGAGGAAAUCGCCAAGUCAAGGAAGCUUCUCAGGGACAGCGACGUGAAGAAAGUGAGAGGGAAAAGCUGGAUUGAGGUUAAGGACAAGGUCCACGUUUUCAGUGUUGGAGAGAGCGGUCAUCCGAGAAUCCGAGAGAUCUGUUUGGUGCUAGACAAUCUGGUGAUUGAAUUGAGGAGGUUUGGAUAUAAACCAAGCGUAGAGCAUGAGCUGCACGAUGUGGAGAUAGGGAAGAAAGAGGAGCUUCUGAUGCAGCACAGUGAGAAGCUGGCUUUUGCCAGAGGGUUCUAG